AAAAAAAAAAAAACCUUCAAAACGCAGUAGCAAAAGAAGCGUUGAGUUUAUUGGAAGCUAGUUGUAGUUCAUAGAAUCCAUGGCUGCAUCUACCAGUACUUGGUCGAAACCAUGGCUCCUUUCAGCGUGGCAAUUGCUAUUCAUGUUGCUGUUUCCGUCAGUUUUCUCAACCUUCGCCGUCGCUUAUAGACCUGGCGACAUCGUUCCCAUGAGCCGCAUGGGUCAAUACCACUCCUCUAGAACGGUUUGGCACGAUCUCAUUGGCCGCCACUGCCCCAUCUUCGCCGUCAAUCGCGAGGUUUUGAUGCCUAUACCCAAGCCAACGGGUUAUACAGGAGCUGAUCCUUAUAAAAUAUCAUUUCAAGUUGGAAGAGAAAAGUUCUUAAUCCCAUGGCUUCUGGUUGUAAAUCGGAAAAGUACGGAGGUCCCGAUGAUCGAAGUAGAGCUGAGGUAUUCAGGUAACGAUUUCCAUGGUGUCACUGCAAAAGUUGUGGACAUGCCUCAUCACUAUGUUGAAAUUCAUCCUGAGAUUCGGAAACAAUUCUGGGAUUCGCAGCAUUGGCCAAAGCAUAUACUUGUGAGAUAUACAUGGAAGGAGCAUUCAGAUAUAGAUGUAGCUUCUGGAUUUUACGUUCUGUUUGGUUCAGGGCUCAUGUUAUCUUUCAUCCUCUCAAUCUAUAUAUUGCAAUCAUCACGGGAAAAAUUGGAAAGAUUUGUAAGGGAGACUGUUGUAGAAAGCAACAUGCCUGGUGAGGUGAUAGCCAAAGUUGAAUGAUGGACGAGUGAGUUCCCUUUUUAUCGUUAAUAUAAGGAUGUACAUUGUAAUAUUUUGUUAAUCUCAGGUGUGGGAAAGCAUGUACAAGAACAAAUUUAAAUGUAGGAUAUAAUAGUGAGGUGACUGCUCAAUUUGAUCCAUUUCUUGAGAUAUU